AUGCCUCGACACCCCAAGCCCUCAGAGCUCGACCUCCAGCCGACGCAGAACGGCGGUAGCGGCUCCGGCUUCAAUGGCCUGCAGACCAGCCACCAGAUCAGCCCCGUGAACCUGCAGGGAGUCGAUCUGGGCUCCUUUGGCGGCGAUUUCCAGCACGACGUGGCCUCCGGGCUGACUCCUCUACCCAAGGAGAUGCCCACAUACUCGCAACCGCAACCGCAACCGCAACCGCAUCCGCAUCCGCAUCCGCAACCGCAAUCGCCGCCGGGCUCGCCGCGACAGCACACUCGGGACACCUCCUUCUUGAGCAGCUUCAAGAGCAAGAAAAGCUCGCCCAAGGAGGACCAGAAAAAGGACACGCGGCAAGGAAAAAAUGAGAAAGAUGACUAUCGACCGAACACGAGCAGUGUGUCCAAGAUAUACCACCUGCGGAACAACCCGGGAAGCACGCCCGAGUUGAGCUUGCUGGGCAGCAACGAGAACAUCCACCACAAGGAAUCGUCAGAAAGCGAGAAGCCGGGAUUAGCAGCGAGACCGCAGCCCACACCGAAGCAGAGUGAAGACAGCACAAACUCGAAGCAGAAACGAAGUAACAACGUUCUUCCAAGAUUUGGAAGAAAGCCAUCACUUCGGAGAGAUUCGAGUUCGAAACCGCGGCCGUCUUUCGCCAACGGAGUACCGAACGGCGAUAGCAAAGCACAAUCCAAGGACUCCUUAGAGGCAGGGCCCAAGACAGCGCCACUGCAUUCUGACUGGCCUGGAUCAGAAGCAAGGAUGAAAGGAAAAGAGAAGGAUCGACGUGGCGCAUCGGCAGAACGUGCUCCAGCACCAGCAGCUGGAAGCGACGAGAAUCUCUCACGCUCCGUGCCCAAAGAUGGCAAGGGAAAGGGUGGAGGAGGUUUCAUGGGGAGAAUGGGGAAGAUGAUGGGCAAAGGUGCCAGACACAUUCUGGACCGGACACCAAGCAACGAUGGCAAGAUUCCAGACAGCGAGUAUGUGAUCAAGAAGAUCAAUCUGCCACUCGUUGAGCAGACCCGCGCGACACGAAUCAGCAAAGAUUUGGCCUCUUGCAGAGACAAGACUGAGUACUGGAUGCCAGCCCUUCCGUGGAGAUGCAUCGACUUCCUGAACACCAAUUGCGAAGAAGAGGGCCUCUACCGCAUUCCAGGCAGCGGCCCACAAGUCAAGCACUGGCAGCGACGCUUCGAUGAACUAGGGGACAUCGAUCUACUGGACGAAGAAGUUGGCGACACCAACGAAAUCGCCAGUAUGCUCAAAGCCUGGUUCCGAGAACUGCCCACCGAAGUCAUGCCACAGCACCUACAAAAAGAGCUGGCCACUGCUCUCGAGAAAGAGAACCCGAACUACAAGAAUGUCGGCCAGGAAGCGCCACAGCUGCUACGCGAUGCACUGUCGGAGCUUUCACCAUUCAACUACUACCUUUUGUUCGCCAUCACCUGCCAUCUCUCGCUCCUGCUUACGAACAAGGACCGCAACAAGAUGGACCUCAACAAUCUUGCUGUCUGCGUAGGUCCGUGCCUCAACCUCGAUCGCUGGCUAUUCAACUACCUUGUGGGAGACUGGCGUCACUGCUGGCAGGGUUGCUUCACUGAGAAGGAAUACCUGACUAUCGAGAAGAUGAUCGAGGAGGGUCACGACCCAGAGCGUCUGCAGCAGCAGAAGAACGCCGGCGACGAGCAGUCGCUGGACAACAACAGCCUGUGGUCGUCGACUAUCGAUGACCGAUCUAUGCAGGACGAGCGCGCCCUGAGCAGUGGCAGCAGCAACAAGCCAGUCAGCAGCUACGAGUGCAGAUCGAUAUCCCACGGCAAUCUCAACAAUCUGCAUGAUCGCAAGAACGAGAAUAAGAUGCCCCAGACCUACAAGCCCGCUGGCGGCCAAGGUCGGUCGGAUGGAAGCUUCGGUCUCGGCAUGGAGCAAGAUACUCAGCGUCCCUCGACGGCACAAGGCGCAGGUCCGGCCAAUGGCAUGACGGGGAUGAAUGGGAUGAUGGACCAAUCCGGCCCCACAAGCAAGUCUCGCUCGAACAGUCACACUCCUAAAAUCGGAACAGGCCACAAUCGCAGCCGCAGCGACGUGCCAAUGACGCCGGUCAAGAGCAAUGCAGAUUAUGGCUAUCCAGUGCGUCCGCCAUCACGUCCAGUCAGCAGACAGUCGAUGCGUCGAGGCUGAGCUGUAGACGGAUGCAAAAGGCCAAUCAAGCCUCUUGGUUCACGAUUUCAGCGCCGUGUCGCCUUUCACGUAGGGGCAUUCGUUUCCACUCUCGACCAUACUCUCUGUCAACUUCUACCAUUCCGUCCCAACGGCUUCGAAGCACUGGGUCGGCAUGGAAACAUGAGCUCAAUUUCUCUGAUACCCCACUUGUUGCACUUGCGGUGGAGCAAAAAGGCGUUGACACAAUACCCACUCAUCAUCACCACAAGAUCACACUAUCGUGGUCCUUGACGAGGCCACCACCGAUAGAUAGCUGGAGGUCAUAUCUCAACAAGGACAGUCAAUGCGGGAGCAAAGGCGCUGGGCGCGAAUAACGGACGGCAUGCUUCUCACGACAGCUUCACGCGCGUUUUGACUUGGGAGGUGGGAAAGCGCGACGUGAUACCUUACCCUUUCUUUGCUUUACCGGUAACUGAGGCUACGAGAGCCUGUGUAUGAAUAGUAGCUUAGAGCGAUGGAGAGAUGAAUUGAAAUGUAACAUCAGGCCAACUUCUUCCGUCGAUGCUUGGAGAAGGCGACAUGUGACG